AUGAAGCUCCUCUCUCUUGUCGCCGCUACCCUUGCCCUGGUUGCUACCACCGCGUCCGCUGACCCCAGCGUUGAGGCUCUCAACCUCCCCGCCAUGUCAAAACACCCCCUCUCCAUGCAACGACGUGAAGCCAUGCUCAACAAACGUCGCAGCCCCUCUGCCAAGCCUCGCAUGGUUGUCAAGCGCCACGCAAAGCGUUCCAAGCGCACAUGCAAGGCCAAGACCAGCCAGGCUGCUUCCAGUGCCGCUUCAAAGCCUGUCGGCGAUGCCAAGUCAAACGCUCAACAGUCCAAGGUCAAUUCGCAGAACCACACCCAGGCUCACGCCGACGCUGGCGCCUCUAGCCAGUCCAACUCUGACUCCAAGUCCAGCUCAAGCGCUAGCAGCCACUCCAACGCCAGCUCACAGUCGUCUUCUUCUGGCAAGAGCGACUCCAAGUCGAGCUCGUCGUCGUCAUCAUCGUCGUCGUCGGCAGCCUCGGGCUCGGGUCUCUUUGGCUUGAGCACAAACAACUGUGGUUCAAGUGGCGCCAACGACCAGCAGCCCAACGGAUCGCAGAACUUCCUUAACUGCGGUCUCACUUCGGGCGGCUGGAACCCUCCGAAGCUGGGUCUGGACCAGAUCAAGAUCCUUUCUGGCCAACAAGCUGCCGACUCGGCUGUGUUUGCCCCCUGCAAACCUCUGCUUUGGGCGUUCCAGGCCGCCGAGAAGGCGCACGGCAUCCCCGCCACUGUCCUCAUGUCGUUUGCCAUGCAAGAGUCCACCUGCAACCCCAAUGUCACUGGCGGUAACGGUGAGCAAGGUCUCAUGCAGAUCACCCCGGACAAGUGCGGCGGGGCUCCCGGUGGAAACUGCAAGGAUCCUUGGUUUAACGUCAACACGGGCGCAAAGUACUUUAAAGACACCUUGGACUCGUACGGUGGCAACCUCCUCCAGGCCAUGGGCAUGUACAACGGCUGGCAACCCGGCUUGACUGUCGAGAAGGCCACUGCUGCUAGAUGGCAGGGCAACUGCUUUGCUCAGAACAACCUCGACUACCUGUAUCAGAUGCUCAACGGUUGGUUCCUCGGAAAAGCAAACACCUACGACAUGGGCACUUACAAGAACCUUGCCGCCUGCAAGUAA